UAACCCUCUGUGCUAUCCGUAGAAAACGUGGGUCAAUGACAUUUGGUUGUUUUAAGGGUAUAUAUGAGUUUGUCGGCAGAGCCAAGCAUCAAGCGCGUUAUGGCUCUAUACUCUGUAAUGAGAUCUAUAAAAACAGACAUCACAAAGUGUCUUUCUCCGGGCCCCAUUUCUCAGCAUGUCCAGUUAAUCCACACGAACCGUCUCCUUCUGACGGCAGACAAAGCGCUUCUGGUCAAACUGCGAAAGACGACUGGCUACUCGUUCACCAGCUGUAAGAAGGCCCUGGAGAAAUUCAACAACGAUGUGAAACAGGCGGAGCUCUGGUUGCACGAGCAGGCACAGAAAGAAGGAUGGACGAAGGCGGUGCGGCUGGAAGGGCGACGCGCCCAGGAAGGUCUCAUCGGGCAGCUGAUGGGGGAGAAAGCCGCUGUCAUGGUGGAGGUGAACUGCGAGACCGACUUUGUCGCCCGGAACGAGAAAUUCCAGAAGCUGGUUGGAGACGUUGCCUCUGCAGCGAUGGCCCAUCAGCGCAGCAGGGCUGUGUCUCACGGUGACUACGUGAAGAGUAUGUUGUCUGCAGAAGACCUCUCUGCCUUGAGGAUGUCUGAUGGAUCCACCAUCGCUGACCAGCUGGCCCUAGCCAUUGGUCGGCUUGGCGAGAACAUUGCCGUGAGACGAGCGGUUCUCCUGGGAGUGCCCGUCGAGUGGCACGUGGGAUCCUACAUCCACGGCGCGGUGCCCGGACAGGCGGGCGUAUCCAUGGGCCGGUAUGGCGCCCUUGUGGUCCUUCAGGGUGGCCAGGGCGAUGUGGAGACCACAGGGAGGAAGCUGGGGCAGCACAUUGUGGGCGAGGCACCUCUGUCGUUAGGCGACAAGGACGAUGUGCCGUGUGGGGACUCCGAGACCCGGCUACUGCCUCAGAGCUUCCUGUCGGACCCGAGCAAGACAGUGAGCCAGUACCUGACUGAGCAAGGUGCCCGUGUGCUGGACUUCGUCCGAUUCCAGUGUGGAGAAGGGAGUAGCAAUGUUGACCAAUGAAUGAGAACCUCCAUUAGGACUUUUUAGAAGGCUUUUGACUGUCCUACCCAGAUGUGACACAGCUGGUACUCUGCUGGGACGUUUAAUGCAAAUCCAAACUCCAUAUGACAUUAAUUUUAUCACAAAGAAGCAAAAAUACAGUUAUGCAGCAUGAUCCACAGCUGUGGGCCACCAGCUCUGUGUAACGUACUGUAUGUGUUUGGAAAUGACCAUUAAUGAACUGAACACUUAAUAAAUCAAUUACUGAGA